GCCGGUGAUGCGAAAGCGGAAAGGCGGAAGUGGAGGCCGAGACUUGGGCCUGGAGUUUUUUUAAUCUGAAGUAGCCAAGAGAAGUGAAAUAAGAGACUGAGACUCAGGCGAAGUUGUUGCUGUUGCACGUUUCGCGCCUUUCCCAUUGUCGCUGUUUGUGUAUCAGUUCGUUGUGGGUGAACGCCCUGUUGGUGAGGGCACCUCUACAACCCACACCUCUAAUCUCAUCUCAUUGAUUGGAACACCUGACUCCAAAUAGCUUUUGUAGAAGGCAUUAACCUCAGAGUUCUGAACUUGCUGAUCGCUGCCUCUGGAGUUCCAGCCUUGACAUAACACUUCUGCUGUUGAAACUUGGAACAUUUCUGCAAGCUUCUGCACUUUAGGCCAUGGCGGGUCGGGGUGGCACGGCUCGAUCCAAUGGACCAGCCGCUGGAAACAAAAUCUGUCAGUUUAAAUUGGUUCUCCUGGGUGAAUCGGCAGUGGGUAAAUCCAGCCUCGUUUUACGCUUUGUGAAAGGACAGUUUCAUGAAUACCAAGAAAGCACAAUUGGAGCUGCCUUUCUAACACAGACAGUCUGUUUGGAUGACACAACUGUUAAAUUUGAGAUCUGGGAUACUGCUGGGCAAGAGCGAUAUCACAGCUUGGCACCAAUGUACUACAGAGGGGCACAGGCUGCCAUUGUGGUCUAUGAUAUAACUAACACAGAUACGUUUGCACGGGCUAAGAACUGGGUAAAGGAACUGCAGCGACAAGCCAGUCCAAAUAUAGUGAUUGCAUUAGCUGGGAACAAGGCUGACCUUGCAAAUAAAAGAGCAGUGGAAUUUCAGGAAGCACAAGCAUAUGCAGAAGACAACAGCUUGCUGUUCAUGGAGACAUCAGCAAAGACAGCAAUGAAUGUGAAUGAAAUAUUUAUGGCCAUAGCCAAAAAGCUGCCGAAAAAUGAACCUCAGAAUGCAGGUGGAACCUCAGGACGAACCAGAGGCGUAGACCUCCAGGAGACCAGUCCACAGAGUCGGAGCCAGUGCUGCAGCAACUAAACUGGUAACUGGCAGGUGUCCUCACAGAACCCGACCGGAGCCCCUUCACCACUCGCACUUACCGCAAGAGCGGCCGCAGAUCGCUGCAUUGAUUCUUCACACCACUCCGAUCACCCAGAAGGAAAUCCGCCAACACUUUUUCCAUUAGAAAGAAGUUCUAAGUCUUAAAUCACUUUUAAUAUCAACCUCUUUGCUCUUCCCUUCUAAUUCCAGUGAUGGAUGCAUGCACCAGUUAUGUUGAGCCAACUUUACCUGGGCAAUUCCUUCAUUUUCAGACUGUACAACUUGUAUAAUAUCUGGAGAGCGAAGAUUUAAAAAAAAGAUUAGGUGUCUUUUUGUGAAUCUGCAUAAAGAACUAAAUACACAACCCUUCCAAUAAAUAUUAACAAAUUUAGAUUAACAAGGGAAUCAGCGGUUAAAUGCUUGUGGUUUUGACCAAAUCACAAUUAUGAAUUUUGAAAGGGAUCUCUAUUUGUAAUGCAAGUUUUCUUUGUAUUCAAUCAGUAGUAAACCAUUAUGUCCAUAAAGCACCUUCCAUUAUAACUGUUUUGUUCUUCCUCUUUGUGUUCGGAAAGCAUGGAGUUUUCUUUUUAGUUUCUAGUGUAAUGCACUAUUCUGUUCAAAACUUUUGCAAUCUGCAAGUUUCAAUGUCCAUGGAGGUGAUGUGAUGUCCCUAAUGUCAGCAAUUACAAUCUUGCACAAUGCUUGGAUUUGUGGAGAGUGUUCAGUCGUGCUGUGACUGUUGGCAAUGAAAGCAAGUUUGCCUGUGUGAGAGAUACCAGUCUGUAAUAAAAACUUCUGUAAUUUGACAAAUAAAAAUAGAGGGAGGUGUGAAUUAACUCCAGUUUGUAUUUGUUUUAUAAUAUCUAACUUUUUAAUUAUCAGCUCCAUUGGGAUUGCAUUACUUAUAGUACAGAUGAAGACAGUUAGCCAACAAUAUCAUUUGUCUAUUGAAGUAUUAACUUUACCACCUUUCGCAAAUGAAUAACUAAUAAGACUUGUUUCAAAGUAUGCUUUAAGUACAGUAUUACACUGGAAGUGUUGAUAGCAUCUUCAGACAUUGCUGCCAGCUAGUUUUGAAAUGGGCUAAUAUGACAAGGAUUUAGAAUGUUAACUUUGAAAACUACUUCUUAAAACUGCUAGUGAUAUUGAAACUCAAUGUCCCCAGCAGCAAAUUUUCUUUUCACUAGCUUCUGUAAUUAGUGCUAGUUUUGGGAUGUUUUGUGCUGAGUACAUGAGGGCUGGGAGUACAAGAAAGUCUUGUUGCUGGUCAAAGUUUGCAUUAAUCGCACCACAAUCUCAGACUGUGGUUUUCAAAUGAUUGUAUGUGACUGGUAUCAAACGUGGCUUGUACACGCCACUGUGCAACAUCCCUUAAUGUUCUGGAAAUGAGGCACACUUUGGUAGCCAAGCACUAGUGUUUUAAUACCCUUAAAGAUAAGUGCUAAUUACUUCUAAUAAACUAUCAACUUUAAAAAAAGUGUUGUAUCUAGCUUCCUUUUACUAACAUUGUGAACUUGCAAUAAACAAAACCACUCCAAUUUCAUGUAAGGUGCUGUGGUUUCCUGAAUAAACCCAGGUUCUUUAAAUGUGCAGAGGACAUCGAUCUCUAAAAGAACAGAAACCCACCAUUUGUGUAAGAAGCUCGAAGCAUUUAACAGCAGAUCAUAUUUUUUGGUUGCUUUCAACACCUGAAUUUGGAGAAGUUAGGAAAUUAGCAGUCUAGUGGGUCAUGUUUGUGGUAUGAAUAAAAAAAAAUACGUUCUUCUGAUCCAAAACAUAAAUGGAAUAUCUAAGAUUGUUCCAGAUCAGUAUAUCAAAGAACCAACAGUGCAAGUCUAGUAUAAUGCAAUGAGUGGAUGAAUCUGGUAAUUAAAGGAAAAGUAGUGAUAAUGUUAGAAGUUUGGGAAUGAUCAAGGUCUUAAAUAAAACAAGUUUAUGGUAUGAGGUAUGGCUUUGCUAAAAUAGAUUGGAAAACUACCAGUCUUAAGAACUUGGUAUACAGUUUACAAUGUGCGGCUUUAUGCACAAGCACUUGUCACUGGAAAAGUAAUCCAGCUCUGGCUAACAAAAUUUCACAAGGCUUGGUAUUGCUGAAAAGUUGAAUUAUGUUGCCAUGCAGAAUUUGGCAAGAGAAUACCAUUAUAUAAAGAAAGGGGAAGUAGAUGAGUUGUAAUCCAUUGAUGAAAAUAAAAGCAGAUUGUAAACUUUUAUACAUAUGUGAAAAGGAAAAUUGGCAAAAAUUGUAUUUGGGAAUAUUGUAUUGGAAAAUUUGAAUUGAAAUUGUUAUUAUGAAAGAAGGUAUGAGAGACCUCUAAAAUAAAGGAUGUGAAUUACUGCAGCAAAAGAAGUUUAAUGAUGCAGCCUUGACAGCUGUCUCCAUUGGAAUUUGUCUGUGGGUGGAUUCACUGAGAAUCAUCGCUUGCCUGUGAUUAUUAAGCAGGUUAAGAUUAAUGAGUUUUUGAAGCCAACCAAAUUGGGAAUCCUCCUUUCCCUUGGUUGACUGAAUCAAAAUCUAAAGAUCAAAAAACAACAAUAACAUUGCAGUGUCUAUCUAAUUCACUUAUUCCAGAUCUUCAUUCCACUUGCAUUCCACAGUGCCUUAGAAAAAAUAUUCAACCCCCACAACCAUUUUCACAUUUUACUCUAUUUUAUAAAUUUAAAAUAUAUUAAAGUAGGAUUUUUGUGCUAAUCUACAAAAUAUUGUGCAUCAUGUCAAAUCAAAAGAAAAAUUCCAAAACCUCUCAACAAUUGAAUAAAAAUUAAGAUUGAAAAUAUUCAUCCCCUUUGUAAUUACUACACUAACUUUACUCAAGUGCAAUACUGUAUGUUGCCUUACUAAUUCACCCAAUUUCUUGAUGUGGAAAAUUGGAAGAUAAGCUCCUUUCAAAGGAUUCCUAAGAAUAAAUACCCCUCUCUGUAAGGUCUAACAGACCAUAUCAAAAUGAAGAUAAAUUAGGGAAAUAAAGGAGCACAAAUCUGGAGGAGGAUACAAUACCAUCUCAAAGGCACUGAAAAUACCUUGGAACUCAGUGCAAUCCAAUGUUUUUAAAAAAAAAGUGAAGCCACAGUAGUCAGGGCACCCCUCUAAAUUUAGUUGCUGGAGAAGAAUGGCACUUGUAAGUGAGGCUGCUGUGACACAAACAGACACUCUGAGUGAGCUGCAGAAGUCAGGUGGUUGCAACUGGAGAUGGAGUUCAUGGCUCUGCAAUCUCUAAGGCCUUGUACAAGUUUAAAGAGGAGUGACAAAUAGCUUUGGCUUGGGGAGGGGAAAAUAUAUCCUUGCUCAUAAAGACUUUUCAGAGUGACACUUAGAAGAUACUGUGUAAAGAUGUGGAAGAAGGUCUUGUGGUUAGAUCAGACUAAAGUGGGAAUUUUUGGCUCCACUCUAAGCAGUACGUGUGAUGUAAAUUUAAUAUUGCACCUCAGCCAGGUAACAACAUCCCUAAUGUAAAGUAUGGUGGAGGUAGCAUCAUGCCAUAGGGAUGCCUUUCAGCAGCAGGGACUGGAAAUCUGGUCAGGAUUGAUGGGAAGAUGAAUGCUGCUAAAUACAAAGAAUUCCUUGAUUUAAAAAUCUGCUAGCCUCUGGCAGAAAACUUAAACUGGGGGGGAAGUUCAUCUUUCAGUAAGAUAACUUCAAAGCACACUGUCAGAGCAACCGUGGAGUGACUUCAAAUGAAGAAAAUUGCUGUCCUUGAAUGGCCCAGCCAGACUCCUGACCUUAACCUGAUGGAAUGUCUUUAGUUAAACUUCAAGAUUUAUGUUCACCACUGCUCCCCAAAUAACCUGGCACAACUUGAGCAAUUUUGCAAGAAGGGAUGGGCAAAUCUUGCUCCAUCACAUUGUGCAAAGCUAAUAGAGACUUAUCCAAAAAGACUACUGCCUCGAGAGGUGGUUCAAUUAAGUACUGAGCAAAGGGGGGUGAAUACUUUUGAAAUGCUGACAUUUCAGGUUUUGAAUUUUUAGUUUUCGUGCUUUACAAUUUUCUUUGUUAUGGCUCCAAUGUGGAAAAAAGAACAUGUGAUUCACCAUUUUUAAAAAAAAAUGUUAAAUUGAGCAAAGUCGCUGUUUGUAAUACUCAUUUAUGUGAACGAAAGGUUGGGGGCUGAAUAUUUUACAAGGUGUUGUAUUUUUUGUCUGAAGCGCUGUAUAUAUAAUUGAAUGUAUUUGUAUUGGUGUGAUCCUGUAUUCUCUGAUUCUAAAUGAGUAAUUUAAUGUAAGCUUCCAGACUUGUGCAGUACAAAUGUCUUGCAGGUGUAGUCUCUUCUUGGACAAUUUGAAGAUCCCAAGUUUCUCUGAUCCUUAUGCAUUUUCUGUUGGGGAUUAUCCUCAUGGUUUUUUUGUUCUGGUUUGCCUCCAGUCCUUAACCAGUUUGUCACCAGAACUCAGAGCAUUGUGGGCAUGUUAUGUUGAUUCCGAAUGUGUGGCAACACUUCCAGGGUGCCCUUACCACAUCUUUGGGUGUGUUGGUUGUUUACACAAACAACGCAUUUCAUUGUAUGUCUCAAUGUACAUGUGAUAAAUAAAUCUGAAUCUAAUUAAUUAA